UCUGCCAACCCUUCGUCUGACAACAACACAACAAGAGGCCAAGUGUUGAUACGUACUGUAUUUAGUGAUUUUGUCUACAACCACCAACUUUUCUCAUAUACACAUUAGUGUUGCAUGGGCUUCAACUAUCAGAGACUCAUUAGAUGUCUUUUUAUAUCGAGAAAAGAUAAAUCUGAGCAGCAGAUUGAGUGGGAUGGAGCGAACCAGGUUGGGCCAGGUAGAGGUGGUGUGGCAGCGGCCGGCCACUCCAGGUGCCGCCAUAAAACUCUCACAAGUCGCCGCCAAAUUUGAACCUUCCAAAUUUGCCCGUCGCGCGUCCUGGGACAUUGAUCAGCAAGUCAACAAACUGUGGGAAGCAAAGCGCGCUAAGAACUCUCGUUUAUACAAUGGGGAUAAGUUUCGGCUGGCAGGGUGGUACAGAGAGGAAGAGAAGUGGGUGCUGGAGAUAGGCGUGACCUCGUACAAGGACUUGUGCGGCACCAACCUCGCCCACAAUGCUCGCUCACUACAAGAAAGAGGCUCCAAGGACUUUGGAAAUGCACAAGCAUACAUGUCGGACCCAAUAGGUGUUGGCGUCCUGGUGGUGACGAGCGACGGGUUCCUGGUGGCGGUUCGGCGAGCAGGGUGGACGGGAGAGUACCCUGGGGCACUAGACCGCCCUGGGGGACACCCGGAGCCGGAGAGAGUCCUCACUACACACCACACCCACUCCUCACUGGAUGACGCCGUACUCAAAGAGGUGUGGACGUCAGCUGCCCAUGAAGUCGAGGAUGAGGUCGGCAUACCUAAGGACCAGCUGGACCACCUUACACUUCUCGGGAUUGUCCUCAAUGUUGAAGCUGGAGGGCGACCGUCCUUGGAGUUCUUCACCAGGUGUGGACUGAGUAGCAGCGAGGUGCGCCACCUGUACAAGAGAGGAUGUCAGGCAGAGGUGGACGAGACCACCUCACUCCACCUAUUACCUCCACCCACACUGGCCAGCCUUCCAGAACUGCUCCACUCACAUUCACCCACAGAGAACUGCGAUGUAACUGCAUCAGCCAUGUGGAGGCGGCAGGAGAUUAUAGACAGUAAUGGGGAGAGGGGAAGUGGAAGUGGGGAGAGGGGAAGUGGAAGUGGGGAGAGAGAGGGUGAGAGAGAAGCGAGGUGGGUGAUGGAGGAGGCCAGCCCAGCGCUGAGAGGAGCCCUGUUUUUGGCACUCCAACACAACCUUCUGCCCCAUGUUACGAGUGCCGGGGAGAUAGUGUGAUACUGGUUGUAGUUUGUUCCAAGUAAACCUACCACCAUGCUAUGCUCCAGGGCGGCCUCAUUACUUGUAAAUAUACCAAACAGCACUUCCUUCAGGUGGGAUGGUCAAGGCCCAGCCCCCAGGGAAAGUACAAGAAUGUAAGAACUCUUGUAUAUAUAAAUAAAUAAUAAUCCCACAAAUUAACCUAUUCAGAGUAUGACAGACCCCUCUAGUGUGUUACGAUCCCUUCGUAACCGGGUUCUUUUUAAACUAUGACCCUACUCAAGUUCAGAGGACCCUAACCUUGGUGGAAAUAUAGUGUAAUGUUUAAGGUAAAUAAAAAUAAUAGUACUGAAAAUAACCUGUUCCCAUAAUAUAUACAUAAUUACCCUUCACCAUAAUAUAUACAAUUCUCUAUGUGAGGUCAUCCAGAGCGGCGUCACUAGCCCCUCACGCUAGUCUGCUUCACGGAUGACUGACACUAUAUGCCACUGACGAGGUCUUCAAGGCGUCACUAACCUUUAUGCUGUUAUGGAGCCGUCUUCAAAUGCUCCCCCUCCUUAGCUUAGUGCCCCUCCUUAGCGCACUCGCUAGUACGCUCAUCAUGUCCACAGCGUUCACCUAGCCCACUUGGCUAGCACCUUCCGGUCACCCUAAGCUCUCUUCCACUCUCCCAGCUUAACUGACUUCAUUGCCUGUCCCUGGUUGGUCGUGACCUUCCAGCACAGCAGACUAAGAAAUGGGAAACUAAGAUUAAUGGGUUUGUCAACUGCUAUAGUUCGGCACCUGGCUCGUAGAUGGCGCCGAGGUCCGUCACACUGUACCUCUGUGUACUGGGCAUCUGUGUUCUGGGUCUCUGUGUGCUGGGUCUCUGUGUGCUGGGUCUCUGUGUGCUGGGCCUAUCAUCAUACCUAAGGACCAGCUGGACCACCUUACACUUCUCGGGAUUGUCCUCAAUGUUGAAGCUGGAGGGCGACCGUCCUUGGAGUUCUACACCAGGUGUGCUAUAGUCUUGUCACACACACAGGAUUCGAAUGAGAUACUAACCAUGUCGUAGCUCAGUCGAUUCUACGACUGAGUCAAUCUCUAUAUGACUAUAGUCAAUCCUUGUCACGGCCCUUGUGGAUUUGUCCAGUUUAUAGUUGUUAUAUGCAGUGGUUGAACUCCAUGCACAGAUACCGUAGCUUAUGUACAUACUACGGACACUAUGCACAGAGUUGAUAGACGCUCAGCAGGUCUGUCGGUUCUUGAAUUAUCUUCGCCGUGACGUACAUAUGAGUGGCGAAGGUGGUAGUGAAGAAGCAGGUUAUCCGGCUAUGAAGGUUGAUUGAUGAAGAUCAAGCCAUCCAAGAGGUGGCACGGGCAUGAGUAGCCCGUAAAGGGCUAUGUUGUUUUAUAUUCAGCUACUCUGAACAAAAGUUCCAAGUAGCACGGGCUAUAGUGAGCCCGUAACCUACCUGGCACAGGAGCGGUGCUGUGUGUGGAUUUACCUGGCACAGGAGCGGUGAUAUAGGGUAAUCGUGUGACAAUUAUAUCACAGAAGUAUGGUGAGGAGGGUGCCGGGGCCAGCGACCGGGCCGACAUAUCGUAUACCGCCCUCAGUAAACAUGACCUCAUCUUGAUAUUAACAACACACGCUGACAUUUGAAAGACUUAAGGCGAUUGUUAACAUUUAAGUUUUUUGUCUUAUUAAACUCUCAGAAUGUUUUU